AUGAGUAAGCUCCAGGGUGACGCCGUGAGAGAGGCGAUAACCGCCAUUGUCACUUACUGCAAGGAGACAAAGCCACGCAAGUUCACAGAGACCAUCGAGCUCCAGAUUGGUCUUAAGAACUAUGACCCACAAAAGGACAAGAGAUUCAGCGGAUCCGUCAAGCUGCCUCACAUUCCAAGGCCAAAGAUGAAGAUUUGCAUGCUCGGAGACGCCCAGCACGUUGAAGAGGCUGAGAAGAUUGGAUUGGACUCUAUGGAUGUCGAAGCUCUUAAGAAGUUGAACAAGAACAAGAAACUUGUUAAGAAGCUCGCCAAGAAGUUCCACGCUUUCCUUGCUUCUGAAUCUGUCAUUAAGCAGAUCCCUCGUCUCCUAGGAAAGUUCCCUACUCUUGUUAGCCACCAGGAGUCUUUGGAAUCAAAAGUGAAUGAGACGAAGGCAACAGUGAAGUUCCAGCUCAAGAAGGUUCUCUGUAUGGGAGUUGCUGUCGGCAACCUUUCCAUGGAAGAGAAGCAGAUCUUUCAGAAUGUUCAGAUGAGCGUUAACUUCCUCGUUUCACUCUUGAAGAAAAACUGGCAAAAUGUGAGGUGCUUGUACUUGAAGAGUACAAUGGGUCCACCAAACCGGGUUUUCUAA